UAAUAUACAAAAUAUUAAAAGAAAUCCUCUACGGUAACCCAAAGGUUCCGAUCUUUUGGUGUUUGAGAAAAAGGGUAAUGUGGGACAAUAGUCAGCUUUCAUUACUCACAGUGCAGAAUAAGUGGGCUUGAAAUUUUGAUUUUUUCACUCGAAAAAGUUAUGCGAGAAAGUGACACUCUGGGUCCCAUUUUAUCAACAGGCUUUUAAUAACGGACCACUUCCGAAUAAAGCAAGUAAUAUCUGUAGAACAAGGCUUGCACGUUAAGUUUCAGUUGAUAUCUGUGUUUUUUGCUUAGAAACAGGCAGAAAGGAAGAGAAAGGUUGUGCAAAAUGGGGACUCUGCUGCCUUUUGUGGGAAUGGUAAUGGUGAUUUUGGCUCAAGUUAGCAGUAUGGUAAUAACCAAAGCAGCUAUGUCUAAUGGGGUUAACAAAUAUGUUCUUAUUGUUUACUCUAAUGCUCUCUCCAGCCUUGUUCUUCUCCCUUGCUCUUUCAUAUUCCACAGAUCGGUGCAUCUUCCCUCGACCUCCUCCAACCUCUACAGAUUGAUCUUUUUACUUGCCUUGAUUGGAUGUGUUGGCCAGCUAUGCGGAUAUGCCGGUAUACAGUACAGUUCUCCUGCUACGGCAACAGCCAUGCUUAACCUUGUUCCAGCUUUUACCUUCAUACUUGCCAUCAUUUUCAGGAUGGAGCAGCUAGAAUGGAGAAGCACGAGCAGCCAAGCCAAGUUCUUAGGAACAGUAAUCUCUAUAACAGGGGCAUUUGUCGUUACAUUUUACAAGGGGCCAAUAAUUCUGAGUACACAAUCACUAGUUGUGCUGCCUCAUCAGCUUCUUUUCUCUCCGCAAUUAAACUGGGUCCUCGGGGGGCUUCUUCUUGCAGCUGAAGCUUUUAUAAACUCUGCAUGGUAUAUUAUACAGACAUUGGUUCUGAAAAAGUUCCCAGCAGUACUCACUGUCAUGUUUUAUCUCUGCUUCUUUAAUGCCAUUCUGUCCACAAUAUAUUCUUUGUUUCUGGUUAAAGACCCCAGUGCUUGGAAACUAAGACCUGAUAUAGGACUUGUUGCCAUUUUAUACUCAGCAAUAGUUGCAAUUACGUUCCGUAUCAGCUUGUGUUCAUGGUGCCUAUGGAAAGCAGGACCUCUCUAUGUUUCCAUGUUCAAGCCCUUGGCCAUUAUCUUUGCAGCUGUUAUGGGCAUUGUUUUCUUAGGAGAUGUUCUUUGUCUCGGAAGUGUAAUUGGUGCAAUCAUAAUUGUGACUGGAUUUUAUGCGGUGCUGUGGGGAAAAGCUAAAGAGGAGAAGAUGGGUGAGGAAAGUGGAGUGGAGAGUCUCGAAUCAUCAAGCCAGAAGGUCCCUUUGCUGCAAAACAGAAUAGAAGGUACAAGAUCUUCUGUAUAACUUGAUGAUUAUCCCAGAAAAAGAAAAAAAAUGUAAUUGUAAAUCCAACCAAUCAACUCUAUUCUAGAAUUAAUCAAGGUAGCAAUUUCCCUGUGUUUUGAACUUGUUAAGAGUUUCUGCUAGAUAUCCCCUUGUAAGUUGUAGCCAUAUAUAUCUGUAGGCAAAACAUUACAAAAAAUCACUAAACCCAAAGUUGAAUGUCAAAAGUAAUUUAUACCAUAUAUACAGAGUUGAGAAACUUGAAUACCGUGUAGAAAAAGUUUUAUGAAUAUAGUGAAUGAAUAGUCAAUCUCUUUACAAAUUAACUUAUACAGAGUUCAAACUUGAGCUAAAUGGUAGUAACAUA